UUUGGAGAGAGGUUGAGGGGCCUUUUGGGUUGAGGUGUUCGGCAAAAUAUGCAGUUAUUUAACGAUAUAUUUUGCUCAUAGACAAGUAGGUGACCUGCAUUUGAGCAGAGGUCUCCUGUCCCAAGAGCAGUAAGCAUUGUUUUGGCUAAAGAACACAGUGAUUUGAUGAAGGUUUUGCAAUGACAUCCUUACAGUUUCCAGCCUUUCUUCUACUGGCUGGACUAUGUUUGGCUGGUUGCGAGGAUGCCUGCUACAAAGAUGGGCCAUGUGAGAAACAAGACACCUCCUCCUCAGCCUAUAAAAGGUACCUGUUGUACGACGUGAAUCCCGGAGAGGGCUUCAACCUGCGCCGGGACGUCUAUAUGCGCGUGGCCGUGGCCGUGGCGCGCCUGCGCGGAUGGACACUGGUGCUCCCGCCGUGGGGCCCGCUCUACCACUGGCAGGCCACCAAUGGAGAGUACGAGACCGGCAUCCCGUGGGCACGGUUCUUCGAUGUGGCCAGCCUCAACAGAUACGUCCCCGUAAUGGAGUUUGACGACUACGUCAAAGAGAGCGGUGCUCGGGUGGACGCCGUCCUGCAUCUGCAAAACUACGCCGAGGGAUGGAGGGACGGCCACUUUGACGAGAAGUGGCACGUGCAACCCUGCCUGAGCCAGGCAAGAUUUAGCCGGUCCGGUGACGUGUUCAGCGCCCAGAUGUGGAGCCACGUGACGCUACAGGCGGCCAACUACAGCUGUGUCUCCAUCCAGGGCACCUCUAGAACACUGGCGGAGAUGUGUGCUGCCCAACCGCACAGGUCUAUCCUGGUGGACCGUGCCGAGACGGUGCUACACCACCACUACGGCGGUCGCCAGUUCUGGUCGGCCCGGCGCAGUAUGCGGUUCGCCCGACACUUGGUGGAGGAGGCGGCAGCUCUGCGCCGGGACCUGCUGGCCUCUGAGGAUGUGGAGGACGGCACGCGCUACACAGACGACUGGAGGGAUAUGAAGGUGAAGGCGGGCAGCACGCGCGGCGGCCCGUACCUGGCGGUCCACCUGCGGCGUAGGGACUUUGUGUCCGGCCGACCGCGCUCCGUGCCCUCGCUGGAGACAGCAGCGCGCGCCAUAUCUGCGACGCUCCGGGAGCUCGGGCUGGAGACCGUGUACCUGGCCACCGACGCACCGGACAGGGAGGUCGGUCGGCUGCGGGAGCUGCUGGAGCCGUUCCGGCUGGUCCGGCCGUCGCGGCGACGGGACCUCCUGGCCGGAGAGGAGGCCAUUAUCGACCAGAUAGUCUGCAGCCACGCUAGGCACUUUAUCGGCAGCUACGAGUCCACCUUCUCGUUCCGCAUCCAGGAGGAGCGCGAGAUCCUGGGCUUCAGUGCCGAGUCCACCUUCAACCGGCUCUGUGGCGACCGCGAGGGCAAGGGCUGCGAGCAACCCACCCGCUGGCGCAUCGUGUAUGCGUGAAUGAGGGGACGUAAGAGGGACGCCUUAGAGGAGGGGCUCCGCUCCGCCUUGGUGACCGCGAAAGGGUCCAGCUGUGAACAGCCCAUCCGAUUCAGGAUCGUUUAUGGAUCAAUGAAGGUCUGAGCCUGAUUUCGCUAGCUGUGAGCAGCCCAUCCGGUGCAAGAUGCUCGUGAAGGGCGAAUGGUGGUACGGAGGAGCUCCCUACGGGAGGAGUAGGGUACGGACCUCAUUCAUGUGACACUUUGUUGAGUGGCUUAUUAUCUGGGAUGUUCGCUGGGUCGUUUGUUUUCCAAUACUCAUUAGACUGAGGGUCGCAAGACCAUAGAUUGUAUUUUAUGGCCGAUCAUCGCUGCUAUGACCGGAGUGACCCGACCUGGACGGCUGACGAAAUCUGUAAAUCCAGUUCAUCUGAGUUGAACUCGAAACAAUGCCUUUGGUGCAGUUUUUAUAGCCUGACGGCUUCAUGUUGUGCUCCGCGUUCUCUUAAGUAUUGAACGUUGUGUGUUUUAUAUAGAUAUCUGUAUGGGCGACAAGUAGGAUGCCUACUAAGAAUAUUGAAUGUUGUGUGUUUUAUAUAGAUAUCUGAAUGGGCGACAAGUAGGAUGCCUACUAAGAAAUGUUACGUGCCAUAUUAUAUUAACCCCAUGGCGUUAUCUGAUGUUCGAUAUUGAGGUUAUUUUCUCUGGGAUGAUUGACGGUGCCGUUAUUGAUUCUGCACUUGCUGCGUAGAGGCUAUCAGUCGCAGUUCAGUGGUAUGGGCUGUCAUCCAUAUGACAAAAUGAGCUCGGGCUCCAAACCGCGUGAGUCGUGGGGCCGGUGGGUGGUGAGUUUCUGUGUUCGGGUGUCUGAAAAGUCCCUCUAAAUCUCUGUGACAAACGAGUUCAUUUGUUGGGCGUGAGUCCCUGUGUAAGAGGUAAGCUGUUUGUGGCGUAUGAGUGCCUGCUCGUCUCGGUGCCUCGGUCCGUUCCAUCCCGAGCGAACGCGGCUUCGGGUCAGGUUUCGCUGCUCUGCCGGCCGGUGUUGUGCACUGUUCUGAGAGGAGUUAAUGAAGGAGCGCAUUGGCGCGCGUCCGACGCCGGCCAAAUGUGGCUCGCCUGAGUGGGAGGUUCGCCGUAGUCAGCAAAUGACCGCGGUCGACCUGCUGCCGCGACUCUGCUGGGGUAGGAGAUUGUCAGCCAGGUCAACGGGGAGAGGUCAGUCGGGGAGGUGGGACGGUUAGUCUUGUCAUCCGUCGGUGACCUGUCUCGCUUGUUGAUACCGUCUCAGAUGCGACGUUGUUACUUAUACUUUGUGAAUAAACGAUUGUUUAUAUUACAAA